AUGAAAUGUAAUGAAUAUGUUCGCAAAACAUUGGGUGAAUCGAGUAUCCAUGGCUUCCCCUAUUUGGUUAAACGGGAGCUACACUGGAUGGAGAAGUUAUUUUGGAUUUUAAUGAUUGCCCUGGCCGCCUACACCUCCAUCGAUAUUUGCCUAAAUCAAUGGAAACGUUUCCGAGACAACCCAAUUGUUUAUGCCAUGGAAUUGGCCUGGGGUAAAUCGAAUUUCCCCUUUGUUGGCAUAACCCUGUGUUCCGAUUAUGUCGAUCAUCAUGAAUUUGAACAUUUAAUAGAGGAUAUGUGGCAUUUGGAAAAUGAAGCGAACAAGAGUGCUUAUAAUUAUUAUUGGGAUUUUCUGAAAGUUCUGAAUAGUUUACAUCUUACGAAUAUGGGGAAUUUGAAGCCGUAUGAAAACGAUUCGAGGCUAAAUGAUUUGAAUUUUUUGCAAAUGUUAGUGAGGCUGCGUCAACAAAUCCUGCCCGAAAAGGUCUUGGCCAACACUGAAGAAGCGACAACAUCUUCAGAUACUGAAGUUCGUGAAAUGGCCUAUGCAGCUGCGGUAACUGAGGCUGGUCUAUGUCGUACCACGUCGCAAUUGACCAAAUAUACAAAUCCCUUUGGAGAUUUGUGA